AUGUGCUCGACCACUCAGUUCGGUGUCGAGAUUUGCAAACUUCAGAACAUCGACGUCAACACCCAACCCUCAUGCCCGUCUGGCAGCGCGACAGCAUCUGGCAGCGCAACACCGUCUGGUAGCGCGGCCCCGUCUGGCAGCGCGACCCCUUCUGCCGGCAACUCCUCUGUCACACAAGUGUCUGGCACCGCCUCCAUGACCCCUUCAGGAAGCGCCUCCGCCACUUCAGCAUCAGCGGCUGGCAACACUGGAGCAGCGCCCAUCCAGACUGCAGGCGCGGGAGUCGGUCUUGGACUUGCCAUGGUCGGACUGCUCGCUGCUUUGUAG